AAGCCCAGCUGGCCGAAUACGACAUUGGCGAAAUGUACGUGGAGCGGCUGAUGAGCGAGGAACCGUAUAGCGGACUCGUUAUCGUGAUUAUGAUGCAACACCUGUACGCCACGCAGCUGGUCACGAUCUUCGUCCCGACGACGCUGAUCAACCUGAUUUCCUUCGCCACAUUCUGCUUCAAGUGGUUCGACUUCCAGAACCGCAUCAUGGUCUCUCUAACGGCUCUGCUCGUCCUCAGUACCCUCUUCGCCCAGAUCUCGGACAACCUCCCGAAGACCUCGUACUUCAAACUGAUCGACAUCUGGUUCUUCGGUUCCAUCCUCUUCUCCUUCGUGAUCAUCAUUAUCCACACGCUAGUGGAGUUCCACCAUCACUAUUCCUCUCCGAAUCACACAUCCGGAUCUCCCCCUAUCUCGUCAAAUACAUUCCGCAAACCGAUUUCAGUGCAGGAUCUCUCUAAGCCACCUAAGGCUCCUCCUCAUCCUUACAAGCGAGCGAUGCUGAUCAACCGGUGUGGAUGCAUCCUUGCGACCUGCUUCUAUGCAAUCUUCUUCCUCACUUUUUGGGGCAUAGCUUUCUCGCAGAAGAUAUCAGAGAUUGCAAAGCAUGUGGAGGGAAAUAUGACGGGGUAUCCAGAAUAGGAUGGAAAUGGGACCAAACAAUAGAGUUCGAGAAAUGGUAUAGUAGCACAUGGGAAAGUUUCGAUCGUGUGGAAUAAUGGUUUUCCAGUCAUGUA